AUGUCCGCAGGUGCUCCUCCCUCCUCGCUCGAUCCCCGCUCCUCUCGAGUCGUCGCCCCUUUGGCUCCUGUUGCGAUGCUGAGCCCACCUCCGGCCCCACCCGCGACGGCGCUGGAUGAGGUGCGUCCCUUGCCGCCGAUGAAGAUUAAGCUUUUUCCGUACGCCGUGUACUGCGUGUUCGGCGGCAUGGGCCGCACCUGGGGCAUGGCUAUGGUCGGGCUCCACAUUGUGAUCUGCAUCGUCAAGGUCCUCUCCUUCACUACAGAUCCCGAGGAGGCCCGCUUCUGGAUACCGAUCUUCCGCGUCUGGGUGUACCUCUGCAUCGCCGCCACGGUUGUCAUGACGUGCGUGUGCAUCGUCUACUACAUGCCCGUGUAUGGGGUGUACGCCGUGAGGCUUUGUGAUGAAGGGAUCAAUGGUAAGGACCAGCGUGCUGAAAGGAUUUUGCUUUCUCUUGCCCCACCAGUCGAAGCAAAGAUAGAGGACAGAUGGUCUGGGGCCAUAGAUAAUGCCAGAUAUCGUCUAGUUGGUGUCAUUGAGCAUCGCGGGAGGACCGUAACAGCAGUGCACUUUGUCGCUUAUGUGAGAGGAAGCAGGAUUUUCAGCGAGCAGGAGACGAGCAGUAGCUCUUCCUCUUGGUUUCGUGCAAAUGAUAAAAGCAUCAGAGAAGUCUCUCUAGAUGAAGUUCUCAAGUGCGAGGCUUUCCUCUUCUAUGAGAAGAUAGAAGCUUGA